AUGAUGAGGCAGUCCAUGAGAAGAAGAAGAAGACGUCGUCGUCGAAGACGUGUGAACCGUGUUGCUGUUCAUCUUGUUCAACUACUACAAACAGAAGACGUCGCUUCUAUUUCGUCGUCGUCGUCGCAAAAAUGGGUGUGGACCUUGGAAGGGGGCGGAAAUUGCGGAAACAUCGAGAUAGGCACUCUCUCUCUCUCUCCGUCAAGAGAGAACGAGGCUGAUCAAGAAACCGGCGAGAGAUCAUUGGAUCAGCAGAGAAACGCACAGAGACCCGACGACGGAAACAAUCGAGGGGCGGAGCGAAGGCCGACGACGACGGCGUCAAGGUUGAGAAGAUCUCCUUAUCACUGAUCAUCAACGUUAAUCAUCAUCAAUCGAUCCCAUUUGUUGACCUCUUCGAAUUUAUCGAUUUCCUUGAAUUUCCAAAGUGGUCCCUCAAGUGGGGCUGGAAGGCGAAUUUCGCUUGUUUGCCGACGAGGUGUCGGGGGGCCGAAAAGCAAAGGCAAACGUUCACCGGAGCUUGUACUACGCCUUGUUUCAAGUUGGCUCAGAUCAAAUUUUGAGUUGAUGACGUCAGAAUCCCACUGCGCAUCGACUUGGAGAAUGACGUCAUCAGAAGGUACAUUAAAAAGAAGAAGCACAGAUGGAAGAUCUCCAGAACAGCUUCAAAGGAAGAAUUGGCUGCGCAUCGACUGACGAAGCGAUUGAUGACGUCAUCAAAAGGUUUUCUCGAGUUGAUAGGAGGAGGCUCUGAUUGGCUGCGCAUCAACUGA